GGAAGGAAGGAAGGAAAGAACAAAAAGGAGGGGAAAAGUGGGUAAAUAGUUUUCGAGGAAGAAAAGAAAAUGUACGAAUGAGAUUGAAGAUCGUGGAAGCACGUGGAUACUCGGCUACUUGCACGUUGCACUUUGUUGUCCGUAUUCUUGGAUAAUACUGGCUGUUGAUAAAAAUAAAAAAAGGUUCAAGAAGAAAUUACGUAGGAAGAUGCUUGGCUAAACUAUGCUGGAAUAAGAUAAUACGACUCCUGAUGGGUGUUAAUACAGUCGAAGAAGAAAGAAAAAAUAAUAGUUGGACGCGUUAUAUCAUUCUCUUUCUCUUAACAUUUUUCCUUUCUCUCUCAUUUUCUCUGACUGUCUGACUAUCUAACUGACUGUGCCUGUGACUGUCUGCCGUGACUGUUACUGUCUCGUUGUCGUCUGACAUUUUCUCCUUGAGUUUUGCGAUUCUCCAUGUGCGAGAGCUUUUUUCGAACGCCUUUGGGCUAAGCGCACCGUACCAUCAUCGUCGUCGUCAUCAUCAUCAUCAUCAUCGUCAUACCUUCUGUUGUCUAUCCGAGAUACAAAGCGUGGCACGUUAAGGGGAAGAAAAAAAAAGGAAGAAGAGGAGAACACACAGAAAGAAAGAAGGAGAGAGAGAGAGAGAGAGAGAGAUAGUGAUAGUGAGAGCGAGUGAGUGAGAGAAGAAAGUUUCUCACUCUUUUUUUUACUCUUUGUCUGUGGUGUCUGUGCCAAUUGCACAAGUGGUGGUGGUGGUGGUGGURGUGGUGGUGGUGGUGGUGGUGGUCGUUGUAGUAGUGGUGGUGUUGGUAGUUGUGUCGGUGGGGUGCUCUAAUAGUAGUAGGUGCUUGUGCUCUCGUGCCACGAAAACGCACGCUCUUUCCGUCUCCCUUUGGUUGGUUCCCUGUGGUGAACGCGACUAGGUGAGCGGCGUGGAAAAAAUGCGGUGAACCACCGCACUAAAACCACUCCUCCUACUCCUCUUCUUCGAACCGUUUACUCUCUAUCUAUCUAUCUAUCUAUUUAUUUAUCUAUCUAUCUAUCUAUCUGUGUAUAUCCAUCUAACUUGCACCAACACCACCAAGGAUUUCUCAACCAACUCGUCCAGUCGGGACUGAUCAACCAACGAUCGAAUCUUUUAAAUACAGGUGCCACGCUGGGACGGUGUUGUUAAGUGUGCAGUGAUCACGGGUGACCGAGGAAAGACGAGAAAGAGGGUGGUCAAUAUGACUCCUAUCUUCCUCGUCCUGUUGGUGGCAAUCGACCCAAUUAUCGCGCAGAAUGGUGGAAACAUCAGCGACUCACAGUACAUCACAUACAUGACAAAUCCACCGAUGAUCCUGGUGAGACCUCAAUCGCAGCAAGUUAAGGCAGGUGGAAUUGCAAGUUUCUAUUGCACGGCCCAAGGAGCACCACCCCCGACAAUACACUGGAGAAAAAAUGGCAAAAGAAUUACAGCAUCCCAGUCACGAUACCUCGUACAAAACUACGAGCAUGGAGCUUUGCUACGGAUCGAACCUGUCAGAGCAGGCCGAGACAGUACAACAUACGAAUGCGUUGCAGAAAACGGAGUUGGCGAUGCGGUUUCUGCCGAGGCCUUACUCACAGUCUACGAAGCGGAGAAUUUACCACCCGGCUUUCCGAUGAUCACUCAAGCGCCAGCAGCAAAGGUAGUAGAGAUGGGUCAUAUGGCUGUUCUGCUUUGCGGAGCUGUUGGUUCACCAGCGCCCAUCAUCUCUUGGGUACGAAAUAUGCUGCCCAUGGACACGUCCAAUCCACGUUUCACGGUUUUAGAGACUGGAACAUUGCAAAUUACCAACUCCAUCAGCAACGAUCAAGCAAAAUACGAAUGCGUUGCGAACAAUUCUGUUGGUACGGAAUAUUCCAAAUCGACUAUGCUCUAUGUUAAAGUUCGUCGAGUUGCCCCGAGCUUCUCGAUACCACCACCACCCGUGAGCGACGUCACGCUAGGAGCUUCCCUGAAUCUGACCUGCGUUGCUGUGGGUGCACCAAUGCCCGUUGUACAAUGGCGAAAGGAUCCAGCAACUGACAUAACUCCUGACGACAAUCUUCCAGUUGGCAAAAAUGUUCUUUACCUGACCGACAUUCAGGAAUCGGCUAAUUAUACUUGUACAGCUUCGAGUAAUAUCGGUGUCAUACAUGCCACGUCUAUGGUGAAAGUUCAAUCCCUUCCUAGUCCACCGGAAAACAUUCAAGUGUCCGACAUCACUGCAACUUCAGUAAAGUUAAGCUGGUCCUACAAGGGACCAGACGAAUUGCAAUACUAUGUAAUCCAACACAAACCUAAACAGGCUAAUCAGCCGUUCACCGAGAUUUCCGGUAUCACAACGAUGUAUUACCACGUCAGAAGUCUUAGUCCUUACACGGAGUACGAGCUUUAUGUGAUAGCCGUGAACCACAUCGGCCGUGGUCCCCCAAGUGCCCCGGUGACAGUCACCACUGGUGAAACAACGGAAUCGACAAAUGGAGGUGCCAAACCGGGUACUGCGCCAAGAAAGGUUCAGGUCCGACCUUUAAGUUCUAGCACGAUGGUCAUACAAUGGGACGAACCAGAAACUCCUAACGGUCAAGUGACGGGUUACAAGGUUUACUACACGAUGGAUCCGAAUCAACCAAUGGCAUCAUGGCAACAUCAGAUGGUCGACAACAGUCAGUUAACAACCCUAUCCGAUCUAACACCUCACACCAUCUACACCAUUAGAGUUCAAGCCCUUACCAGUGUUGGACCUGGCCCUUUAAGUGCACCUAUUCAAAUUAAAACUCAACAAGGGGUACCAAGUCAACCGGAGAUGUUGACGGUUGCUGACGUUGGGGAGACCAAGGUGACGCUCCAUUGGAGCAAACCUGCUCAUAGCAGCGAGAAUAUUCUCAGCUAUGAGCUUUAUUGGAACGAUACUUAUGCUAAGGAAAAACAUCAUCGGAGAAUACCAGUGACCGAGAACUAUACCUUGACCGGUCUCUACCCUAACACGCUUUAUUACAUCUGGUUGGCUGCUAGAAGUCAACGAGGAGAGGGUGCCACGACGAUACCUUGUCCAGUUCGCACGAAACAGUACGUCCCCGGGGCUCCGCCUCGCAAUGUAAGCGGCCAAGCGAUCAGCCCGACCUCCAUAUUGGUCACAUGGGAACCACCACCUGCCGAACGGUCCAAUGGGAGGAUCGCUUACUACAAACUACAAGUCGUCGAGAGCGGACGCUCCGAUUCCGAGGCGAAGGUUAUCAAACUGAAUCAGACGCGAUUCGUCUUGGACGAGCUCAAAAAGUGGACAGAAUAUCGGAUCUGGGUAUUGGCGGGAACGAGCGUAGGUGAUGGGCCCCCGAGUUAUCCUAUCUCGGUCAGAACUCACGAGGACGAUGACAAAAUGCCAGGAGAUCCUCAAAACGUCAAAGUGACGUCGAUCAAUUCGACGGCGAUACACGUCAAAUGGGAUCCACCUAAGGCUAAGGACCAAAAUGGGGUAAUCAGGGGCUACCACAUACAUGUACAAGAAGUACGAGAAGAAGGAAGAGACGAUGUGUUUAACGAACCGAUACGUCGGGACGUCCAAGAGGACAAUGUACGAGAAAUAAAUAUCACAGGACUGCAACCGGAUACAAGGUACUCUGUACAGAUAGCCGCGUUGACGAGAAAAGGAGACGGUGAUCGAUCGGCACCGGUUCACGUUAAAACACCAGGCGGGGUACCAAACAGACCGCAAGUUAAUAUAAAAGUCAUUGGUAGAGAUCCCGUGAUGCUCGAAUUAGAAUGGAUGGAACCAAGCCAAACAUACGGCGAUCUAUUGGGUUAUAGAAUUCGUUAUGGUAUUAAAAAUCAAACCCUUAAAAAGGAAUUCAUUCGUGGAACUCGUCAGCACAUUUACAAGGUCACCGAUCUCGAAGAACGCGGCGUCGAAUACGAAUUUCGAGUUGCUGGUCAAAAUAGUAUAGGAUAUGGGCAAGAAACUGUACAAUAUUGGUCCAGUCCUGAGGGAGAACCUAGUGGAUCACCAACCAAUUUGUCUUACUUUUUCCAAACACCUGACACCCUUUGUGUCACUUGGGACAAACCAUUGAGACAACAUCGAAACGGUCAGAUCAUUGGUUACGAUGUGCAGUUCAAUAAAAAGAACGAUCAUUCCUCCAUUAUAGAAAGGAAUACGACGAAAACUCGUGCGGUUUUUUCGAAUUUGGAAGAAGACACGGAAUACGUUUUUCACGUUAGAGCAAGAACUGUGAGAGGUAGUGGUCCAUAUUCGGAGAAAAUUACUAUAAUAACGGAGAAGGAUAUCGGUAGAGCACCGAUGUUAGUUAAGGCCGUGGCAACUUCUGAAUCGAGUGUUGAAGUUUGGUGGGAACCUGUACCUAAUCGUGGCAAGAUCGUUGGUUAUCAAGUUUUCUAUACUACAACACCAGUUGAGGAUCUUGACGAAUGGAAACAAAAGACCGUUGGUUUGACCGAAUCUACGGACCUGGUCAAUCUCGAGAAGUUCACUCAAUAUGCCAUAACCGUAGCGGCGAGAUACAAAACUGGUCUCGGUAGAAUCAGCCAAAAGAUCACGGUAACUGUUAAACCAGAAGAUGUGCCUUUAAAUCUCAGAGCACCGGAGUCGUCAACUCACUCGAUGACGUUAUCUUGGACACCGCCUAUAAGACUGAAUCCCACGAAUUACAAGGUGUCCUUUGACGCCGUUAAAGAGUUCGUCGACUCUCAAGGUAUAACGCAAACGCAGAUCGUACCACGUCGACAAAUCCUCUUCGAUCCUAGCGUUACCAGUACAACCAUUAACGAGCUUCAACCAUUCACUACAUAUAACGUUAAUGUUAGUGCCGUGCCACGAGAUGGACAAUAUAGACCACCAGCUAAAAUCACCGUCACCACACAAAUGGCUGCUCCGAAACCUAUGGUUAAACCAGACUUUUAUGGGGUCGUCAAUGGCGAAGAGAUUCAAGUGAUCCUACCUCAGGCGUCCGAAGAGUAUGGGCCAAUUUCUCACUAUUAUUUGAUCGUCGUACCUGAAGAUAAAUCAACGGCUGACAAACAACCCGAUGAACUUACGGAAGAUAUGAUUACGGGAAAGGGUACUAAACAGGAACGAGAGAACGCACCUUACAUCGCUGCUAAAUUCCCUCAUAGAGACAUUCCUUAUACCUUCCAUUUAGGAAGUGGUGAUUUAUACGAGGGAUAUGAAAACAGAAAGUUAGAAAGGAAUAAGAGAUAUAGAAUUUUUGUACGUGCCGUGGUUGACACUCCUAGAAAGCAUCUCUACACUUCCUCACCUUUCUCCGAGUAUCUUUCAUUGGAUAUGAGAGAAGUUCCACCAGGCGAACCUCCACGUCGACCAAAUCCAAAUACUCCAGUCGAUGGAAAUCCUGAAGUGUCUGUUAAAACCAGUGGACAAGAACCUGGAAUGGUUUGGGUAGUUGGUCCUAUAAUAGCAGCACUUAUGGUCAGCAUCUGUUUGAUUCUAGUAUUUUUUAUAAGAAAACGAAGGCGACCGUGCAAGGCACCAGAUCAGGCAGCAGUAACUCGACCACUUAUGGCAGCAGAUAUCAGUUCAAAUCAUGCACCAUCCGAUCCAGUAGAGAUGAGACGUUUGAAUUUCCAAACUCCCGGCAUGAUAUCGCAUCCACCGAUACCCAUAAGCGAAUUGGGUAAUCAUAUCGAUCGAUUGAAAGCAAACGACAAUCUAAAGUUCAGUCAAGAAUACGAGUCUAUUGAACCCGGUCAGCAGUUCACUUGGGACCACUCGAACAUGGAAGUAAACGCAUCAAAGAAUCGUUAUGCCAACGUGAUAGCCUACGAUCAUUCUCGAGUGAUCCUUCAAACGGUCGAUGGGAUGCCUGGGUCCGAUUAUAUAAACGCGAACUAUUGCGAUGGUUAUAGAAAGCAGAACGCAUACGUGGCAACUCAAGGACCACUUCAAGAGACCUUCGGUGAUUUCUGGCGAAUGUGUUGGGAACUUCGCACGAGUACAAUCGUUAUGAUGACGAAACUGGAAGAAAGGACUAGAAUAAAGUGUGAUCAGUAUUGGCCAACAAGAGGUUCGGAAACUUAUAGCCAGAUGACAGUCACCAUUACCGAUAUCCAAGAACUAGCUACCUAUUGUAUUCGGACUUUCCAAGUUUGUAGAGCAGGUUAUUCGGAGAGACGUGAGAUCAAACAAUUGCAAUUCACAGCAUGGCCUGAUCACGGAGUACCGGAACACCCAGCACCAUUUUUACAAUUUUUACGAAGAGUUAGAUCGUUAAACGUACCGGACAGCGGCCCAUUAGUGGUACAUUGUAGCGCUGGCGUUGGCAGGACCGGUUGUUUCAUCGUUAUAGAUUCUAUGCUGGAACGUAUCAAGCACGAAAAAAUGAUUGACAUAUAUGGACAUGUGACGUGUCUACGUGCUCAAAGAAACUAUAUGGUACAGACCGAAGAUCAGUACAUCUUUAUUCAUGACGCACUUCUCGAAGCGGUAAUAUGCGGCAAUACCGAGGUACCAGCUAGGAAUUUACACUCUCACAUUCAAAAGCUCAUGCAACCUGAAAUCGAUAAUAUAACUGGCAUGGAAUUGGAAUUUAAGAAAUUGUCUAACAUCAAAGCUGAUUCCACGAGAUUCAUAUCAGCCAAUUUGCCAUGCAACAAACAUAAAAAUCGAUUGGUCCAUAUCCUACCUUAUGAAUGUAGCAGAGUAUGUUUACAACCGCAACGUAACAUCGAAGGAUCGGAUUACAUAAACGCGAGUUUAAUCGAUGGUUACAGAUAUCGUGGUGCUUAUAUUGCAACCCAGGGUCCACUUUGUGACACCACAGACGACUUUUGGCGUAUGCUAUGGGAGCAUAAUUCAACGAUCGUGGUUAUGCUGACAAAGCUCAAAGAAAUGGGUAGAGAAAAAUGCCAUCAAUAUUGGCCCUCCGACAGAUCGAUUCGUUAUCAAUGCUUCGUCGUAGAUCCUAUUGCCGAAUACAAUAUGCCGCAAUACAUUUUACGCGAAUUCAAAGUUACUGAUGCACGAGAUGGAGCAAGUCGUACGGUUAGACAAUUCCAAUUUAUUGACUGGCCGGAACAAGGUGUACCCAAGUCCGGCGAUGGUUUUAUCGAUUUUAUCGGUCAAGUUCAUAAAACCAAGGAACAAUUUGGUCAAGAUGGACCUAUCACUGUACAUUGUAGCGCCGGUGUAGGUAGAACGGGUGUAUUCAUAACGCUUAGCAUCGUCCUUGAACGUAUGCAAUACGAAGGUGUAGUAGAUAUCUUCCAAACAGUAAGAAUAUUACGUACGCAACGUCCUGCCAUGGUACAAACGGAAGAUCAAUAUCAAUUCUGUUAUCGUGCCAGUUUGGAAUACUUAGGAUCAUUUGAUCAUUACGCCAACUGACAAGCCGAUAAUCGGGAGCAAAGAGAAGCAGCUACGAGAGAUCGAAGGGAACGACAAAAGAAUGAAAGAGAUAUCGGAGAAAGGGCUAAAGUACGACGUGUUUAGUACAAUGGAAUACAUAUAUCGUGUUAAGUGUGCAGCAGGAGAGUAAAAAAAAAGCGUAGUUUUUAUGCGUAACAUUACUCGUACCUUCCUCAAGGGCAAUUGUCUCAUAGUCGCUAAGCGAUAAUUAUUCGCUUAUGUAUCACAGACGGUUUAAA